GAAAAUGUUGCGUUGCAACUUUGAUCCUGCGUUGUCCUGGCACGUUACACCUCCUGCGUUACACUGCGUGAGCGGAGUCAUGUGUAAAGCUAAUAGACAACUUUCAUAUUCAUAACGCAUCUCUUCAUCAACAACUAGCAUGAAGCUAGCCAUAGUGAGCGCUUUAUUUGCACGAAAUCUGGCCCCGUUUCCGGUCUCCUCGUCGCUAAAGCUGCGGGUUUGACACUCCUGUCCCCAGAGUGUGACUUGUGACACUCCUCUCAGCGUGGAAAACACACCUCGCUCCGGCUUUACCUCUCAAUAAACUUCCCACAAGUUACACGCCGUGUUAUGGAUUCCUCUACGAACAGCCUGGAUGAUGCGUCGGCAGACGGCAGCGCUGACUUCCCAGACCGAGCUUCCAUGAUGGAGGUGCGUCUGCAGGCGCAGGAUGAUGAGAUCACGCUGCUAAAAUCCUCGCUGGCUGACGCCCUGCGCAGGAUCCGCCUCCAUGAUCAGCUCUUACCGUUACUGAAACAGCAGCUCAUUGCAGUGAACCCAGGUGCUGCUCGAGUGCUGAACCAAGUGUGCUCCCCUGAUGGUUGCAUGGGCAGCAAAAGACUUUCUUCCAGCUCAAUCGUUGAUGGGGUCUGCCACUCUGCUACCAGCCAACUGUCAGACAGCAUUGUGACCAAUGCCAAUGGCCACAUAGGAAGCCCAGUGUCCAUGAUGCCGAAACCCAGACCAGCAACACUGGACAGGUCAACCCAGACAGAGCCCACUCUCCCAGGGCAGGACGAUGGUCUGGACAGGGUUCCUCUCCACAGGCGUGCCCAGAGCCUGCAACUGGAGGACGCCCUCCCUCCAGGGCAGACUUUGGUUGAGGGGACUCGGGCCAAGCUCCAUCGCGCCCCUGGCUUGGAAGAGGAGGAGGAGGAGGACGAGGACGAGGAAGAUGAAGGAGGAGGGGAGCAGGAAAAGGAGCUGAGUUGGACGUCGUCGGUGGAGGAGCCCAUUCGGCCAACCACGAUCAGAUGCCUCCAGAGGGAGGACUUCCAGGAUGGGAGCUGCUCCUCAGAGCAACUGGGCUCAGCCUCGAUCAGAACCUCGGACUCCAACCUCAGCUCCCGCUCCGGCCCGCUGUCCCCCAUCCAGGAAGGAGAGAAGAAACCGCUGGUUCGUAGGAACAGCGAGAAACUGGGGAAUCCGGAGAGGCAGAGGAAACGUCUGGACAAGAAGGCGGCGUCCUCGGCCAACCUCCUCACCCGCUCCCCUAGUCUGGAGAACCGAACUAAGGAGCUAAUCGCCGGUGCAGGAUCCCCCGGAUCUAGAAGAGGAACCUACAGCCAAGAACAGUCGAUCAAAAUGUUCAUCCGAGGCCGGCCGAUAACCAUGUACAUCCCCUCUAACAUCCAGAACUAUGAAGACCUGAAGAUGGAGCCGCCACCUGAGAGACUGGAGUUGGACUGGGUCUAUGGUUACCGGGGCCGGGACUGCCGGGCCAACCUGUACUUCCUUCCAACGGGCGAGGCGUUGUUCUUCAUCGCCUGUGUGGUUGUGCUUUACCACAUCAACAACCGCACACAACGCCACUAUCACAAACACACCGAUUGCGUCCGCUGUCUUACUGUCCAUCCUGACAAGGUGCGCGUGGCAUCUGGCCAGACAGCCGGGGUGGAUAAAGACGGCAAGCCCCUGCAACCUUGUGUUCAUAUUUGGGACUCCACCACCCUGGUCACCCUGCAGCAGAUCGGCCUGGGAUCCUUCCAGAGGGGAGUGGGAUCCGUUGCGUUUUCCUUUGCUGACUCUGGAGCCUUCCUGUGUGUGAUCGACGACUCAAACGAACACAUGCUGUCGGUGUGGGACUGCAACAAGGGGACCAAGCACGCGGAGGUCAAGAGCACCAACGAGGCGGUGUUCGCCGUGGAGUUUAACUCCAGCGACAGCACCAACAUCAUCACCUGUGGCAAGUCCCACGUCUACUUCUGGACGCUCAGCGCGGGACAGUUCACCAAGAAACAAGGCAUCUUCGGGAAAUACAAGAAGCCCAAGUUCAUGCAGUGCUUUGUGUUCAGUCUGACCGGAGAUGUUCUGACAGGCGACUCUGAGGGGAACAUCCUGACGUGGGGCAAAUCGGCUGCCGAUGUCAAAACGCUCGGUAAAGGAGCCAAAGAGACCUUCCAGAUCAUGCGACAGACCAGAGCCCAUGAAGGCAGUGUGUUCACCCUGUGCGCCCUGCAGGGCGGCACUCUGCUCAGCGGAGGAGGGAAGGACCGCAAGAUCAUCCGCUGGAGCGCCGACCUGGCACCCGAGAGAGAGUGUGAGAUUCCAGAAAAUUAUGGAGCAGUCCGUACCAUCGCAGACGUGGAUGGGGAGGAGCUAUUAGUUGGUACGACCCGUAACGCCAUCCUCCGAGGCACCUUCUCAGACGGAUUUGUGGCCAUAGUGCAGGGCCAUGUGGAUGAGAUGUGGGGGCUGGCCACACACCCCUCCCAGAACAUCUUCCUCACCUGCGGCCAUGACAGGCAGGUGUGUUUGUGGAACACAGAGGAACACAUGCUGGACUGGUGCAUCUCGCUGGAGGACUACGGGUUGUGUGCUGAUUUCUGCCCCAAUGGAUCAGUGGUGUCAGUCGGCCUCAGCACAGGAAGGUGGAUGGUCCUUGACCUACUGACCAAAGAGGUGGUCUCUGAGUCCAUUGAUGGGAACGAGCAGCUGUCUGUCAUGAGAUACUCGCCAGACGGAAGCUUCUUAGCUGUUGGAUCCCAUGACAACUUCAUCUACAUCUACAAUGUGACCGAGAGCGGCCGGCGUUACACCCGCUUUGGGAAAUGUAACGGUCACUCCAGCUUCAUAACUCACCUGGAUUGGGCCAAAGAUGGAAAGUACAUCAUGUCUAAUUCAGGCGACUAUGAGAUCCUUUACUGGGACAUAGUCGCAGGGUGUAAACUGUUGAGGAAUCGCUUUGAGAGCAAAGACAGAGAAUGGGCCUCGUAUACCUGUGUGCUGGGCUUCCAUGUCAUGGGUGUGUGGUUGGAGGGCUCUGACGGCACGGACAUCAACGCCCUGUGUCGCUCCCACAGUGAAAGGAUGGUGGCCGUGGCUGACGACUUUUGUAAAGUUCACCUCUUCCAGUACCCCUGUCCGAAACCCAAGGCGCCGAGCCACAAGUACGAGGGCCACGGCAGCCACGUCACCAACGUCUGCUUCACCCACAACGAUUCCCACCUCCUCUCCAUGGGUGGGAAGGACACCUGCAUCCUACAGUGGAAGGUGAUCGGAGGCGGGGCGGGCGACAGCAGGGAGAGACUGGCCUCGGCCUCAUCCGCCUCCACCAGCUCCCCUGAGCCCGCCAGCAGCUAGGAGGGACACUGUGUUUUUAACAGAGAUGGGGGGAGUGUUCACACCGCCAGAGAGGCGCGUCAGCCAGUGAACGGCAGACACACUUAUGGGCUCUGCGGUGCCACUACUGCGUCAGUUUCAUACAGAACAUGUAGAGGAAUCCUCUCCAGGAGGAAUGUUCACCUACAAUUUGACUCUUACAUACCGCCAUAAUCAUGUGAAAGUGGACAGUGAGAUUCUUCCAUUGUUCUGUUGGAUAUGUGGUGAGGGCCAUUAGAGGUGGUCUUCUGUGACUAGACUUCUAUGGUGACAAAAAUACUUUUGGUUUCAGAGAACAUUCCUGUGUUUUAGUCCACCUCGUUUUUAUCAAACAUACCAAAGUGCACCAUCGGGGGGCCUUUAUAGACGUGUACAUGAUGUUUUCACACAUACAAAAAUAUAUAUAUUUGGAGCAGCUAAUAGUGAAGCUGUUUUCCACGCUUACAUCAGACAGACUGUGACAAACCUGUUCCAAUGAAAUAAAUUCUCAGCAUCUCUGACUAAUUCCUUUCUCUAACAGUAGAUCAGUACACUUGAAAACGAUUACUUUUAUAUAUUUAAGAGAACAUUUGGGAAUACUGUGAUGUUGCAUCUGCCAAGCUCUCAAUAAAUAACUAAAGAAUUGAAA